CAUGAGCUGUGCAGGGUGAAGUGUCGCAAACUUUUUUUAUUUUAUUGUUUGUAAAGCUUUGUGUUUUUCGUAUGAUUUCGUUUAUUUUAUUUAACGUUAUUUUGCCACAACCAAGUGAAAUAUGUUUUAGAAAACUUUGAGUGUUAAUUUGAUGUAGCAGUUUGUUUAUGUGUGUUUUGAUUAUUUCGACAUAAAUGAAGGUGGACAUAGUUUGGAGGCGACGCGCUGCCGUUAACGUCGCAGGCAGCUUGGCGCUGCUGCUAUGGGCGGCGACGGCGCGCGCGGCGGACCCGCUGGGCCCGUCGGACCGGCCCGAGGCUUACUUCAACGGCAGCUCCUACAUCCACCUCUCCCGCCCCAUAUCGCUCAAGCAACUCGUAGGACUUAGCUUUAGGACUUGCGUGAUCUCGAACGUGACGUGGAACCCGGAGCUGCUGUCGCCGGAGGCGCUGGAGGCGGGCGGCGCCGUGCUGCUGGUGGGCAACGUGUUCAGCGGCUGCAUCCACGAGGGCCCGCAGCUCGAGUUCCACGCCGCCGCCGCGCAGUUCCGCAACGUGCACUUCGGACACUGCCCGCUCACCACCGACGAGUGCAAAGACAGAAAAGACGUUUUAAGAAUCCCACCUAAAGACCACUGUUACAAUGAACCCUGCUUGCGACACGGAACGUGCAUAUCACGACAUGACCGGUACGAAUGCCACUGCACAGCGCGCUACACAGGCAACAACUGCGAGGUGGACGCGGGCGACCCGUGCCGCUCGGCGCCGUGCCAGCACGCCGGCCGCUGCCUCGAGACGCCGCGCGGCGACUACACCUGCAGCUGCCCGCCCAACUACCACGGCCAGCACUGCGAGCUGGAGGUGUCGCUGGACCCGCUGUGCAUGGAGGGCCCGUGCCGCAACAACGGCAGCUGCAGCGUGCCGCCCGGCGCCACCGACUACGAGUGCGCCUGCCAGGAAGGCUACACGGGGCGUAACUGCGAGAUAGAUGUUGACGAAUGCGCGAGCGCGGCGGGCGGCACGGGCUGCCUGCACGGCGGCCGCUGCCUCGACGCCGUCAACAACUUCACCUGCGACUGUACUGGCACAGGUUACACUGGCGCGCGCUGCGAGGUGAACGUGGACGAAUGUGCGGAAGACCGCACGGUGUGCGGGCACGGCGUGUGCUACGACACCUACGGCGGCUUCGUGUGCGCCUGCCAGCCCGGCUACACUGGCGAGCGCUGUCAUAUCAUGUCAGCGUGCGCGUCGGGCCCGUGCGGGCUGGGCGGCGCGUGCGUGGAGGAGAGCGGCGGGCUGGGCUUUCGCUGCGUGUGCGCGCGGGGCUGGGCGCCGCCGCUGUGCACCACGCCGCUCCCGCCGCCCGCGCCCGCCGCCGCCCCCGCCGCGCCCGCCGCCUGCGCUGACGUCACGUGCCCGCCGCGGAGCCACUGCGCGCCCGCGCACGCUGCCGGCAUGCCAACAAUGAUGACCGGCGUGGUGUUGAAACAAGUCACUUGCGUUUGUGAUGUUGGAUAUUUUGGCGCCCCCGGCCCGUCUCCGAACUGCAGCACGAUCGAGGCGGCGUGCGAGGCGGGCGCGUGCCUCAACGGCGCCACGUGCGCGCGCGCCGGCGACGCGCUCGCGUGCGAGUGCGCGCCCGGUUUCAAAGGCGCGUACUGCGAGCAGGCGGUACCGGCGCCGGCGCCGGCUGGGGCGGGCGCGGGCAAGGCGCUGGGCGAGCUGAAGGUGGGCGGGGAUCGCUGCGCCGCCGCGCCGCCGCCCUGCGUGCACGCUAAGGCCUGCCACGACCUGCCGCUAGGCUUCCGCUGCGAGUGUGAGGCGGGCUGGACGGGCCCGCGCUGCGACGUGGCGGCGGCGGCGGGCGAGGGCUGCUUGGCACGGCCCUGCCUCAACGGGGGCACGUGCCGCGAGCCCGACGCCGCCUGCGAGUGCCGGCCCGGCUACGAGGGCGCCGCGUGCGAGCUGCCUGCCGACUGCCGCGCCGCGUCCUGCCCGCACUACCAGGAAUGCGUGGAGCAGAACGGCGCGUGGCGCUGUGCGCUGGCGCCGGCUGAGAGCGCGUGCGCGUCCUCGCCCUGCCACAACGGCACCUGCCUCGCGCGCGACAACACCUACCACUGCCAGUGUCCGCCCGGGAACACCGGGAGAUUGUGUGAGUUGGACAUCGAUGAGUGCGCGCGGUCACCGAAGAUCUGCAACAACGGCGUGUGCGUUAAUGUGCCAGGGUCGUAUCAGUGCUACUGCCGGCCAGGGUACACGGGCGACAGCUGCGAGCAAGACAUCGACGAGUGCCUGUCGUCGCCGUGCAAGAACGGCGGCACCUGCCAGAACCUGGAGAACAACUACGAGUGCACCUGCUUGGAAGGCUUCGAAGGCAAGGACUGCUCGGUGAACAUCGACGAGUGCGAGGCGCAGCCGUGCGCGGCGGGCUCCACGUGCGUGGACGGCGUGGCGGGCUACAGCUGCGUGUGCCGCGACGGGCUCACCGGCGCCAACUGCGAGAUCGACAUCGACGACUGCGAGUCUCAGCCGUGCUUACACGGCGGGCGCUGCGUGGACGGCCUCAACGGGUACACGUGCGAGUGCGGCGGCACCGGCUACAGCGGCGCCGACUGCGGCACCAACGUGGACGAGUGCGCGCCGCAGCCCUGCCGCCACGCCGCCGAGUGCGUCGACGAGCUCAACGCCUACCGCUGCGUGUGCCGCCCCGGCUACACCGGCAAGGACUGCGAGAUAGACAUAAAUGAGUGUGAAGGUGAACCUUGCAAAUAUGGCGGCAUUUGCCUGGAGCGCUCCAACGCCAGCCUGUACCGGCCCGCGGACGCCCCGCCCGUCGAGGUGGGCCCGCAGCCGCAUAUGCUGCUGCCCCGGUCCUUCUACCAACCGUUCUCGUAUGAAGAUGCUCAAGGGCAGUCGCUCAAGUAUGGCGGCAUCUGCCUGGAGCGCUCCAACGCCAGCCUGUACCGGCCCGCGGACGCCCCGCCCGUCGAGGUGGGCCCGCAGCCGCAUAUGCUGCUGCCCCGGUCCUUCUACCAACCGUUCUCGUAUGAAGAUGCUCAAGGGCAGUCGCUCAAGUAUGGCGGCAUCUGCCUGGAGCGCUCCAACGCCAGCCUGUACCGGCCCGCGGACGCCCCGCCCGUCGAGGUGGUCUAUCAGCUAAGUUCAGGCAGGCAGUCGCUCAAGUAUGGCGGCAUCUGCCUGGAGCGCUCCAACGCCAGCCUGUACCGGCCCGCGGACGCCCCGCCCGUCGAGGUGGGCCCGCAGCCGCAUAUGCUGCUGCCCCGGUCCUUCUACCAACCGUUCUCGUAUGAAGAUGCUCAAGGGUUCGAGUGCGUAUGCGUGGCGGGCACGAUGGGCGCGCGCUGCGAGGUGAACAUCGACGAGUGCGCGUCGAGCCCGUGCGGGCACGGCAAGUGCGUGGACGGCGUGGGCGCCUACUCCUGCGACUGCGCGCCCGGCUACGAGGGCGCGCACUGCGAGACCGAGGUCGACGAGUGCCAGCGGUACCAGCCGUGCGCGCACGGGCGCUGCUACGACGGGCGCGCGACGUACUACUGCUCGUGCAGCGCGGGCUGGGGCGGGCGCAACUGCUCCGUGGUGCUGGCGGGCUGCCGCGACCAGCCCUGCCGCAACGGCGGCGCCUGCCUGCCCUGGCUGCAGCACGAGACCAAGCACCUCUUCAACUGCUCCUGCACGCCCGGCUACCACGGGACCACCUGCGAGCAGAUAACAACAAUGUCUCUCGAAAAGAGCAGCUACGUGGAAGUGAACACGAGCCGCGAGGAGGGCUACGACAUCUCGUUCCGCUUCAAGACGACGCUGGGCUCGGGGCUGUUGGCCAUGGGCCGCGGGCUGACGUACUUCAUCCUCGAGCUGCUGCACGGCCGCCUCAACCUGCACUCCAGCCUGCUCAAUAAGUGGGAGGGCGUGUUCAUCGGCUCCAAACUCAACGACUCUAAGUGGCAGAAGGUGUUCGUGACCAUAAACUCGUCGCACCUGGUGCUGGCGGCCAACGAGGAGCAGACCAUCUACCCCAUCAGCCAGAACGAGGCGUACAACUCCAGCGUGACGUCGUUCCCCACCACGCGGCUGGGCACGGCCGGCUCGUCCUACGCCACGCUCACGCACGGGCCCAACUUCUUCGUCGGCUGCUUCCAGGACGUCGUCGUCAACGGGCAGUGGGUCCUACCUGAAGACACGAACAACACCAGCUCAGAGACCACAACCGAAGUAUCCAGCUCAUCCGGCAUAGAGGGCGAGGCGGGCUUACCAGAUGACGGCGAGAGCGGAGUCGCGCGCAUCUUGCACGGCGUGCAGGCGCACUGCCCGCGCACGCCGCAGUGCAGCCCCAACCCCUGCCAGUCCGGCGGCGCCUGCGAGGACCACUGGACCACCUUCGUGUGCAGCUGCCCGCGCCCGCACCUCGGCGGCACCUGCCAGUACAACUACACGGCGGCGACGUUCGGGCAGGAGUCGGCCAAGCCGCGCUCGGUGGUGGUGGUGGCGGUGGGCGCGGCGGCGCGGCGCGCGGUGCACGCGGCGCUCGACAUCUCCAUGUUCAUCCGCACGCGCAAGUCCACCGGACAGAUCUUCUACCUCAGCUCGCUGCCAAGGGAGGGCCAGGAGGAGACACAAGUGAGCGCGUCGCUGUUCGGCGGCGAGCUGCUGGUGCACCUGCGCUUCAACCAGACCUCCGAGAACUACACCGUGGGCGGCACGCGCCUCGACAACGGGUACCUGCACCUCAUCGAGGUCGUGAGAAAUGCCACUUUGGUGCAAGUGAAGCUUAACGGUACCGAAUACUUCCGCAAAUCUAUAUCGGCUGCUAAACAACUCGAUGCACAGGUGCUGUACCUGGGCGGGCCGCCGCCGGCGGACGCGGCGGCGCACGGCGCGGCGCCCGGGCUGCCGGCGCCCGCCGCCUCCUCGCCGGCGCCGGCGCCCGAGCCCGCCGCCGAGCCCGAGCCCGCCGACGACGCCGCCUACUUCAAGGGCGUCAUACAGGACGUGCAGGUGUCGAACGGCGUGAACGUGACGAUCGUGGAGUUCUUCCCGCUGCAAGUGCCAGGGCUGUCGCUGCCGCCGCCCUUCGGCGACGUGUGGCUGGAUCCUGCCGGCGUGCUGGCUGGCGUGCAUUCCGACGAUGCUUGCGCUUCACGCCCCUGUCAACACAACGCGUCGUGCAGCAACACAUGGAACGACUACUCGUGCGCGUGCCCGCGCGGCUACAAGGGCAAGCAGUGCUCCGACGUGGAGUUCUGCCAGCUGCAGGGCUGCCCGCUCAGCUCGCACUGCCGCAACCUCGACAACGGGUACGAGUGCGUGUCGGACGCGACGUUCGACGGCGUGAACACGACGCUGUCGUACAAGAUGCGCGUGCCCACGCCCAUCGGGCUGGCCGAGCCGCCGCCGCGCCCCGACCCGCCCACCUCGCUCACCAUCACCUACAGGACCAAAGUGGGCGGCACAUUAUUCCACGCGGAACUUCGGGACCCAGCCGGCGGCGAGCCGAUGUGGUUCACGGUGUCGGUGUUCGGCGCAGUUGUAGGCGUUCAGUGGCGUCUCGGCGCGGGCGUGCCGCGGGUGGCGCGCCUGCGGGCCGGCGCGGCGGCGGGCUGGACGUCGCUGCGGCUGCGGCUGGCGCGCCGCGAGCUGGCCGGCUACUUCGUGGACGCCGACGGCCACGAGGAGCUCGGCAUGAAGGCGCCCGUCGACGCCGCCGCCUGGCAGCGCCUGCUGACUGACGGCGAUCUGCACCUCGGCGGCGUGGGGCCCGCGCCGCCUACGUCUGCGCCGCCUACUACACUGCCGCCGCAGAUGGAUAACACAACGGACCCCACUAUGUGGGAAAACUCGGAGGGAGAAGACUUCGCCGCUGAUAACUCUGUUGGACUUUACUUCAAGGGCUGCAUGGGCGCGGUGCACGUGGGCGCGCUGCUGCUGCCGUUCUUCACGGAGGAGGAGCUGUUCGUGGGCGCCGCCGCGCAGCUGCUGGCCUCGCAGCCGCACUAUGCGCUGAUGUCCGGUCGGCCGUGGGGCGCGGCGGAGGGCGUGGCGUGCGCGCUGUGCCUGGAGCAGGACUGCCAGCGCGGCGGCCACUGCGCCGACCUGCGCAACUCCUACGCCUGCGCCUGCCCGCCCGGCUACAGCGGCGACUACUGCCAGAUCGACAUAGAUGAAUGUGCGGAGAACCAGUGUCAAAAUGGAGCCACGUGCCAGGACGGAGUGGCUUCUUACACUUGCCUGUGUCCCGAAGGCUUCGACGGAGAAAUGUGCGAGCGCGACAUCGACGAGUGCGAGAGCCAGCCGUGCCUGAACGGCGGCGCGUGCAGCGAGCGCGCGGGCGGCUACACGUGCGCGUGCGGCGCCGAGUGGAGCGGGCCGCGCUGCGCCACGCCGCGCCACCGCUCCUGCGCGCACCGGCCCUGCGCGCCGCACCGGCGUGCAGCGAGCGGGCGGCUACACGUGCGCGUGCGGCGCCGAGUGGAGCGGGCCGCGCUGCGCCACGCCGCGCCACCGCUCCUGCGCGCACCGGCCCUGCGCGCCGCACGCGCUCGCCUGCCGCGACCACCCGCCAGGUACACACGAGCGUGCAGCGGCGUGCAGCGAGCGGGCGGCUACACGUGCGCGUGCGGCGCCGAGUGGAGCGGGCCGCGCUGCGCCACGCCGCGCCACCGCUCCUGCGCGCACCGGCCCUGCGCGCCGCACGCGCUCGCCUGCCGCGACCACCCGCCAGAGCCGGCGACGGGCAACAACUACACGUGCGUGUGCGCGGAAGGCUGGGAAGGCGUGCACUGUGAGGCCGCCUUCUGCGAGCUGACGCCCUGCCUGCACGGGGACUGCGUCGUCGAUAACAAUACGGUGUCGUGCGUGUGCCAGGAGGGCUACAGCGGGCGGCGCUGCGAGACGGAGCGCGACGUGUGCCUGGAGGCCGGCGCGUGCCUGCACGGCGGCCGCUGCCUGCCCGCGCGCCGCGCCGCCCACCGCUGCGACUGCGCCGGCACCGGCUGGACGGGCGCGAGCUGCGAGCUGGACGUGGACGAGUGCGGCGCGGGACUCGUGAGCUGCGGCCCGGGCGAGUGCCUCAACCUCGAGGGCAGCUACACAUGCAUAUGCGCGCCGGGCUUCUGCGGCAACGAGUGCGCUUUACGCGACCCGUGCUUCGAGCCGGCGACGGUGACGGUGACGGACGAAGAAGCCGGCGGCAACACGUCGCUCGGCCCGUGCCGUCACGGCGGCCGCUGCGAGCAGCGCUGCACCGCCGCCGCCGCAUACGUCUGCCACUGCGUCGACGGCUGGGGCGGACACAACUGCACGCAGCAGGCGGUAGCAGCGGGCUCGGAGAGCGGCGCGUCGGCGCCGGUGCUGGUGGGCGUGGGCGCGGCGCUGCUGGCGCUGGCGCUGGUGGGCGCGGGGCUGGCGGCGCUCGCCGCACAGGCGCGGCGCAAGCGCGCGACGCGCGGCACGUACUCGCCGUCGGGGCAGGAGUACUGCAACCCGCGCGCCGAGAUGAUGCACCACGCGCUCAAGCCGCCGCCCGAGGAGCGCCUCAUCUAGCGCGCCGGGGACACGCGGUCGAAUCAAGCCGACGCACGACAU